CAGAGAUGGGAGGAGAUGCAGAGGUUCAGACAAGGGUCAUUACAGUCAAAAUGGCUUUGGCAAAUCAGCGACGGAAGGUUGACCGGAAGAAGAUGCUUAGCAGUAAACGGGUGGACGAGACAGCGAUGCGACGGGUGCAGUUGGCCAUCCUGCGGUUAAUUGGUAGCCUUGAUGCCAGCCUGAGUGUGUGUGUUAUCCCUCAAGACCCAGACUCAAUGGCUGCUGCUGCUGUGCGCUGGGACACACUUAAGCACAUCAAGUUUGCUAUGCCUUUUGAACAGCUCAAGAUUGAUAUUUUUCUUGAGUUCAAAAGUAGUGAUGUUGGAAGUUCUUCAAAGCCUAAGAAACCCUGUUAA